AUGGAUCAAGCUGCUAUUGCUAGGCGUUUAAGUGAUGUGAAUGGCCGACAACCGAGUCAGGAUGAUUCUAACACCAAAGAAAAAUCAAAAUCUAGCUUAGCUGAAAGCAGUCUGGCGCCUGAGAAGCCAACCUAUGCAGCUCCAGGAAUUACUGUUCAUGAGAAGAAAUGGACAGAUGGCAGUGUUCCCCUGGAUGCAGUCUCUUCGGACCUUGCGAAGCUUGGGAAGGAGGCCAUGCGUAGGAGGCUUAUUGCUGCAGCAGCGGCAGCUGAAGCAUUGGAAGAAGCAAUUGCCACCGAGUCUAUUGUAAGGAAUUUGAGCAUGUUUUCGGAGCUCUGUGCUACAUCAAGGGCUGGAAAUCCUUUGCCCACUAUUGACAAAUUUAUGUCAAUUUACGACAAUGUUGUGAAAUUAACAGCCGCCACUGCUGAAUCAAUUGCCACCAACCGCAUUUCCAACACCCCCCUUGCUAGUGCCCCAACCAAUUCAAAAUUUUCUAUUUGGGUUGAAGCUGCUCUGGCCACUGAUCUUGAGGUUGUAUCCCUCUUGACCAGCGAAAACAUUGAGCCUCCACAGGCAUUGCAGAAAUGUUCAUCAAAACGACAGUCCCACAAUGCACCCGCCAAGAAUAUUGUGUUGGCUUCUUCAUCACUAGAUGGGACCUGGACAAGAGGUCACGGAAUGAAUGAGACACUAAAACUUGCAACGAAUUUGCAGUCAGAGAUGCAAAUAUGGUUCUUGCGGUUUGUUGAGCAAUCCCUUGAUGCAGGUUUUCAAGUAUUUGAUAAGUGUACUACUAGCAAUAGUGCUUUGCAUUGUGGCCCAAUUUUAUCGCAGUUGAAGCGAGUCAACAGCUGGUUGGAUCGUGUGGUUGAAAAAGGGGAUGAGCUUCUGACUGAAAAGAUCGAGCGCUUGAAGAGCAAGAUCUUUGGAUUUGUUAUUCAGCAUGUUGGAACAACUGUAGAGAACUCCAUGCCCAUUUGA